GGAGGCUGAGGGGCGGGCGUGCAGGGACUGCGGAAGGGCCGCCCCGCUCCCUGCCCGGGGCGGCGCUGCUGCUGCUGCGGGAGCGCGCUCGGGAGCGGCGGGACGGGACGGGGCCAGGAUGAGCCGGACGGUCGUGGAGCUGUUUUACGAUGUGAUCUCCCCGUACUCCUGGCUGGGGUUUGAGGUUCUCUGCCGGUACCAGCACAUCUGGAAUAUUGACCUGCGCUUUCGCCCAGCGUUCCUUGGUGGCAUAAUGCAACAAACUGGUAACAAGCCACCAGCAAUGUUACCAAAGCGUGCUGAAUACCUGCUGAAGGAUAUAAAAAGGAUGGCAAAAUACUACCAAGUGCCUGUAAAAAUUUCCAGAGAUGACUUCCAACGUAUUUUUCGUACAAGCAGUCUUGCGGCCAUGCGCUUUAUCACAGCCAUUGAUAUGACAAAACCAGAAUACCUGGAACCCUUAUCUAGGGAGUUCUGGAUACGUUUCUGGUCACAGCAUGAAGAUAUCAGUCAGCCAGAGAACAUAUUGACUGUUGCCCGACAGGCUGGGCUAUCAUCAGAGCUCUCCCAGAAGGUACUUGAAAUGAUUUCAUCCCCUACAGUGAAGGACCGACUGAGAGAGACAACAGAUGAAGCAAUGAAAUAUGGGGCAUUUGGGAUGCCUGCUGUUGUGGCACAUUAUAAUGGGGAACCUCAUCUCUUUUUUGGCUCUGAUCGUUUAGAGCUGCUAGGCAGCGUUAUAGGUGAAAAAUGGCUGGGACCAGCCCCAAGUGCCAAACUGUGAAAAGUCCUGGGGAAGUAUACAAGAAGGAAAAUACAUAUAUAUAUACACACAGUCAAUCUUUAGUGAUUAUCUGAAUAUAUCAAUUUUAGGGAGAGAUGGCUUUCUGAUCCAUAACAGUUACUUUUACAGCUUGAUCUCAUCUCCAAUUAGGAAGAAUUUCAAGGUUUGCCAGUAUUACAGUUUGGUGAGGUCUUUACCAAUACAAAUGUGCUUAGUUUUUUUCAACAGAUCACAGACUAACAUGAAAGAUAAAACAUUAAAUAUUUAACUUCUUGCAAAUCAAACAUUCUUCUUUUCUCGUUAGUCCUCUUUUCGUUUACCCUAAAACAUGAGGGUUAAAUUGUAAUGGGACUGUGAUCUCUGGACUUCUUAUGUCUUCCUGCUUGUCCUUUGUAAACACACACACACACACACACACACACACAGCCUAAGAGAAGCGGCCAUAUUCUUCUUUUAUUUUAAAUCCAAUAUACUACAUAGGCACUAGAAGCACAGGAUAAGGUAUUCAUGCUUCCUUUUACUUAGCAGCGUGGCAACUGGAGGGGACACAAUUCAAGCCCAAAGAAAAGUCUAGGGAACCAAUCAAGUAUUUCAAAAGGAAUUGUCCCCAUCCUGAACAGUAUUUUGUACACCUUGCUCUGCAGUGACUGACAUUUGAGGAAACCACCAUACACGUGCAGCACCAAUCCCAGACCUUGCAGGAGUUUUUAGUUAAUGCAAGUUUUACAGUAAUGUCUUCGCAGGACAGUGGUAAUCACCAUGCAAGUUUAGCUGGUAACUGAACCAGAUUGUAUUUUGCCCUAACUGCUGCCUAUCCAAAGGUGAUUUGGAUAUGGCUAUGAGGGACUUUCCAUCACAUAGUCUGCAGAGGAAAAGGUGUGGAAACAAUAAAAUUAAGAAAUUUCCAUGGAAACAGUUUGA